GGAGGCGCGCGCUGCACCUGUGCCUGGCUGCUGUUUGAGACUGAGACAGACCGACUGGAGGAGGCUACUCUCAUGAGCACGAGGCGAGAUCAGAGCGAGGAUUUAUUUGACAGCUACGUUUUAAAUAGUACGACCUGAGUGGCUAACAGCAGGAGAAUUCCUCCCAUCAUCUUUGGACUUGACUGAUACAGAUGGAGGGAGUGCUGAUUUUAAAAUCUGCCUCUACUCCCAACUUUUCCUCUCAAAACUCUCUUCUUUCACCGGAUGCUCAGGAAGAUUCAGAUUUCCAGUCAUCUUCUCCUGUCCCUCCCCCCUUGUGUGUUACGGCUGUACCACCACCACCACCACCUCCUCCCCCUCUUCCCCCUCCUCCCCCUCCUUUUGGCUCUCGUACGGUCCAGCGACGUUCCAUGAAGAAGCUGAACUGGGACACCAUCCCCAGCCAGCGUGUCCUGGGAAAACUGAAUGUCUGGACGUCUAAACGGCCUCAAAGGGACCUCGUGCUGGAUAUCCGGAGCAUGGAGGAGUUGUUCAGUCAUGGAGACAAACAGGCUUCGCUGCGCAACUCAAGGGUCAUGGGUCUGACCUGUGAUGGCAUGGACCUCUAUUCACAGGAGCCUCAGGUCACAAUCCUUGACUCUAAAAAGAGUAUGAAUAUUGGGAUCUUCCUGAGACAUUUCAAGAGGCCAAUGACAGAGGUGGUGCAGGACAUUUGUCAAGGGAACUGGCUCAAAUUUGGAACGGGCAAACUAAAAGAGCUUUGUAAACUGCUGCCAGAAGAAAGUGAGGUGAAGCAGCUGCUGUCGUUCAGUGGGAACCUCUCUGUGUUACCUGAGGCUGACCAGUUCAUGGUGCAGCUGGUCAAAGUGACAGGCUACGAGGAACGCCUGAAAACUAUGGUGCUGAGGGAGGAAUUUUUUCCUCUUAUGGAGGAGGUGAAGAACUCUGUUGCUGUCAUGACCAAAGCAGCUAAUGAGCUGUUGGACUGUGAUAACCUCCACUCUGUCAUUCGGCUGGUAUUAAAAGCCGGGAAUUACAUGAACGCUGGUGGUUACAGUGCCAAUGCCAUUGGCUUCAGGAUGGCCUCUCUACUCAAGCUGGCAGACACCAAAGCCAACAAGCCUGGCAUGAACCUCAUGCACUAUGUUGCCAAGCAGGCAGAGGGCAUCGAUGCUGAGUUGCUGACUUUUCACACCCAGCUUGAACACAUUGGGAUGGGAUCAAGAAUUUGCAAAGAGGAGGUCAUCGCAGACUUUGAGAGGGAAGCCAAGAAGGUCAAGGAAGUGAAAUUGUUCAGCAGCAAACAGCCUGGCCUCUUACAUCAAAUGGAGACAUUUUUCCUGAGGGCUGAGGCCAAGCUGGCCGAUGUGGAGUCCUCUCUUCAGGUGCUAAAGGCUCUGAGCGAUGCUGUCGCUGAGUACUUCUGUGAAGACCCAGCUACCUUUAAACUGGAGGAGUGCUGCUCCAUCUUUCAUUCGUUUUGCAAGCGGUUUGACACAGCUGUACAGGAGAACCGAGAGCGAGAGGCAGCAGAGCAGAGGCACAAGCAGAAGGAGAGCGUGGCAGUCAAACGCCGCCCCAAAGUGUCUUGCUCAGGACCUAAGUCUAUUCGGGACUCCUCAAGCUUGGAGUCCGCUUUACACAGCAUUCUCUCCAACGUUCCAGAAGGAUUAUCCAGAUGCAGGAAGAACCUACUGCCCGCUAUCGAAGGAUCCCCCUCUGAGCGCAGCUCUCAGACGGUUCCAUCAGUAGAAAAAACUAAGGCUACGCCCCAUACUAGACAAGAGAGUAAGAAACAACCCAAACUGCAGAAAGAGGAUGGGGGAAAAGCAGAACUAGAAAACAAAGAAGCUGAGAAGAUGCGUGACAUAACUCAAAAGGUGCUUCGCUACCAAAACAACAGAAGCAGCCUCGAUGGAGACAGAGUUUCAGGCGCUUCUCGUCCGUUGGAGAGAGCACAAGACACACCAGAUACCCCAAGCUCCCCUCAGCCUAGAACCAGAGACUACUUCUUUGCCAACAAUGGGGAUGUGGGCUCCCCAUGGACUAUUCUGAGCCCUCUUACUUGCUCCCAAAGAAACAACUCCCACCGACGCAGACAAUCACACCGACGCAGGCUAUCCUCACCGCCAGGUGGCGAUGACCUUGAUGAUGGAGUCUGGGAGAGCGACGAAGGCAUUUAUCUCCCCAAUUCCUCUAAUCGGGACAGUCUAACGUCUCCAUCUGGGGGUUCUGCGUCUCUUCCCGAGUGCCCCAGUCAGAGAGCUGCGUCACAGGGUCCAAUCCUCAGGACCGUUUCCAUGGAUGAAACCAGGCGAUCUCCAGCAUCUGGCUUCCGGCUGGUAGACUUGUUCCAGAGAAGCAUGUCUCAUGCGUCAUACUCUUAUGGAUCCAGGACAGAAAACAUGAGAGAAGAAGGAACAGGAGUCUGUUCAUUGCUUGGCAGGAAGACAGGGAAUCAAGUAGAGGGUCAAGUGAACACCUCUGGGUUCAUAUCCUUUUUCAGACGCAUUGGAGGCAGAAGUAAGCCUGGUGAUGUGGAAGAACAUUUCAAAGGAUCUAAUACUUAAUAAUUUAAUUUAAUGACAAAGGCCAAGCUUUGUCUUUUUUUUUAUUUGUUUUUAGAUAAAAAAACUGUUUGUCUUUUUUAUUGUUAUGGUUUUACCCUUCAGUGAACCCAAGGCAAAUGGGGACUUGCUUUGAACUGUGAAGGUUUUGAUUUUGUGGGAGUCAAACCAUCUUACUUUCUUUUUUGUCUUUUUGUACACAAUAAAGGGUGUCAUUCUACCUUU